GCCGCGGCCCCCGGCGGGGUUCAUUGCGCCUGCGCUGACAGUCGCAAGAUGGCGGACAGUGCGGAACUAAAGCAAAUGGUUAUGAGCCUUAGAGUUUCUGAACUGCAAGUACUUUUGGGCUACGCCGGAAGGAACAAGCACGGGCGUAAACACGAACUUCUCACAAAAGCACUGCAUUUGUUAAAGGCUGGCUGCAGUCCUGCUGUACAAAUGAAAAUUAAAGAACUCUAUAGGCGGAGAUUUCCCCAGAAAAUUAUGACACCUGCAGACUUAUCUAUCCCCAAUGUACACUCAAGUCCCAUGCCAGCAACUUUGUCUCCGUCUACCAUUCCACAACUUACUUAUGAUGGUCACCCUGCAACAUCACCAUUACUUCCUGUUUCUCUUCUGGGACCUAAACAUGAACUGGAACUACCCCAUCUUACAUCCGCUCUUCACCCUGUCCAUCCGGAUAUAAAACUUCAGAAAUUACCAUUUUAUGAUUUGCUGGAUGAACUGAUAAAGCCCACCAGUCUAGCAUCGGACAACAGUCAGCGUUUUCGAGAAACUUGUUUUGCAUUUGCAUUGACUCCACAACAAGUGCAACAAAUCAGUAGUUCCAUGGAUAUUUCUGGGACUAAAUGUGACUUCACAGUACAGGUCCAGCUAAGGUUUUGUUUAUCAGAAACGAGUUGUCCACAAGAAGAUCAUUUCCCACCCAAUCUUUGUGUGAAAGUUAAUGGGAAACCUUGUAGCCUUCCAGGCUAUCUUCCACCUACCAAAAAUGGUGUGGAACCAAAGCGACCCAGCCGACCAAUUAAUAUCACCUCACUUGUCCGAUUGUCCACAACUGUACCAAACACCAUUGUUGUUUCCUGGACUGCAGAAAUUGGAAGAAACUAUUCUAUGGCAGUAUAUCUUGUAAAACAGUUGUCGUCUACGGUUCUCCUUCAGAGGUUACGAGCAAAGGGAAUAAGGAACCCGGAUCAUUCUAGAGCUUUAAUUAAGGAGAAAUUGACUGCGGAUCCAGACAGUGAAAUAGCUACGACCAGUUUAAGGGUUUCUCUACUCUGUCCACUUGGUAAAAUGCGCCUAACUAUUCCAUGUCGGGCACUGACGUGUUCACACCUGCAGUGUUUCGAUGCAACUCUGUAUAUUCAAAUGAAUGAGAAAAAGCCAACUUGGGUUUGUCCUGUAUGUGAUAAGAAGGCUCCAUAUGAACACCUCAUUAUUGAUGGUCUAUUUAUGGAAAUCCUAAAGUACUGUACUGAUUGUGAUGAAAUACAAUUUAAAGAGGAUGGAUCUUGGGCUCCUAUGAGAUCAAAAAAGGAAGUCCAGGAAGUUUCUGCUUCUUAUAAUGGAGUUGAUGGAUGCUUGAGUUCUCCCUUGGAUCACCAGGUAUCUUCUCACCACCAAUCUUCAAACAAGAACAAGAAAGUAGAAGUAAUUGACCUCACUAUAGACAGUUCAUCAGAUGAAGAAGAGGAAGAACCAUCUGCCAAACGAACCUGUCCUUCUGUAUCUCCUGCAUCACCAGUAAAUAGCAAAGGCAUUUUAAAUCUGCCUCAUCAAGCAUCUCCAGUGUCAAGAACCCCAAGCCUUCCUGCUGUAGACACAAGCUACAUUAAUACAUCCCUCAUACAAGACUAUAGACACCCAUUCCACAUGACUCCCAUGCCUUAUGACUUACAAGGUUUAGAUUUCUUUCCCUUCUUAUCAGGAGACAAUCAGCAUUACAACACCUCCCUUCUUGCCGCUGCAGCAGCAGCUGUCUCGGAUGAUCAAGACCUCUUACAUUCGUCUCGUUUUUUUCCAUAUGCCUCUUCGCAGAUGUUUCUUGAUCAGUUAAAUGCAGGAGGUAGCACUGCCCUUCCAACCACGAAUGGAAGCAGUAGUGGCAGUAACAGCAGUCUUGUUUCCUCUAACAGCCUGCGAGAAAGUCAUGGCCAUGCAGUUGCCAAUAGAAGCAGCACAGACACAGCAUCAAUCUUUGGCAUCAUACCGGACAUUAUCUCAUUGGACUGAUUUCCCCUCUCCCUCCCCCUUCCUCCUACCCCCCAGACUCAAUGAACUUGGCAGAAAGAAGAGAACUUUGUGCUCUGUUUUACUUUAUUCUGUUUAGAAACGUACACAAGUGUGUGUUUUUUUUCCUUUUUUUAGGGAAAAAAAUUAAAAGAAAUGUACAGAGAACAAAACUAUAUUUUCAGUUUUACUUUUGUAUAUAAACCUAAGACUGCCUGUCUGGUAAAACACGCGAAAAAAAAAAAAGAAAAAGAAAAAAACAGCCACCCACAAACCACCUUCUAUUCAUUUUACUGGAUUCUGAAGAUUUUGUUUUCAACAUUUACAUUUGUCCUGUGGUUUUAUUUUUUUAGUUUGGAUGUAAAAGACAUUGCUUUCUUUGCAGUAACAGAAAAGGAAUUGCAUGUAUGAAGUUUUAAAUUGUAGGCAGUUGUUUGUUGGGGUUUUUUUUGUUUUUGUUGUUAGGGGAAAAAAACACCUUGCCAUUUCCUGAUAAUGGCAGAGUUGAGUUCUGUGUUUUGCAUAGAUUUUACCCAACUUUAAGUUAUAUAAAUCUCAUCUGUCCUGGUGCAUUCAUUCCCUCUGUGUUUCAGAAUGUAGUUUAUGGGAGUGUGUGUGUUAGUGUUAGUGUGUGUUCUUGUCACUUCUGAUUUUAUCCAAAUUUGUUCAGUUGGAAUAUCAAGUUUUCCAUUUCCCCAAACAUGUUAAAAGAUCUUAAAGUUGACAUUUAAGAAUCUUUGUAGAAUAUCCCAGUUGCUUCUAUUCCAUCACAUACUUCUAUCUGCUGCACUCACCCUGCAUAGUUAUUAACCUGCAAAGGACUGACAUACUUUCAUUCUAACUCUUAAGUUGGAAUAUUAGAAGUUGGAACUCUUCUAGGUUGCCACUGACUACUCAUGUAGUCAGUGAACUCCUGUUUUGAUGGAAAGGGUGGCAAGUUUGCAUAAAAUUUUUUUCACCAGGCUAAGGAAGUAAAAGUAAUUUCAAAUGCUCUGUUGCUUGGUUUGUGCAGCUGAAAGAGGUCAUGGGGCAGCAUUUAAAAAAACAAACAUACUGAAAGAGAAAUAAUUCUAAAAGUAAAUGCUUUUUGGAAAAUAAUUCUGUAGCACCCAAUAUGUCUCAACUUGUACAAAUCCUCUAUUUGAUAAAGGGUUUGAAAAUCAUAAUGUUUUUUACUUUGUCACUUUUAAUUUCUGGCUGUCAGUAUGCUUGUGUUGUUAAGCUUUGGGCCAAACUUAAUGCCCACCAUUUAAAUUUUCUUUCACUUUAUUUUUGGGGCUUUAUUUUUCUUCACCUUUUCAAGACAUGCAUGACAUAGGAAAGACAUUUUAUAAAACUAUGGAAUCAGUUGGCCUGAACCAUUCUUAUUAAAUAGUGGAAUGUGUAAAUAGAUUGAAAGCUGUUUUUCAGAAAGGGGGGUGGGGGUGGGAGUGGGGAAUAAAAAACUGAAGGGGGUAAAGUGAUUCUACUUGUGUCCCAAAGUCACCAUCAGAGAAAAUAUAGUAUUCUCUGGUGUACAGAAUAUUUUUCUAGCUGGUUGAGAGUGCAGGGAAUAAGUUUAUCAGGAAAGAUAAGGAAUAUUAAAUUUGCCAGUUUUCCAGUCUGGGUUUUUAUGUUCAAACACUUGAUGUCAGCUAGUUGUUUUCAGAGUUGAUCAAGGACCACCUUUUGUGUAUGAAGUUGUCUUUUUAAACCUUGCAUUGAUAACAAAAUGACCUACUUUCGUUCAGGUAGAAGUCAAGAUUGCUGUAUGAUCAGUUGUAUGAUAAAUGUAUUGGUUCACAUGAAUAUGUAGCAUCUAAAAAUAGUCUUUGUAUUUUUACAGCCUCCCUCUGCCACUAAAUUGUUGACUUGAAUUUGGGGAAAAAAAACAACGAAACAAAAUGUUUGUGUUUAUAUGUAUAUGUGUGUGUAUAUAUGUAUUUAUAGAUAAGUGUGUGUGAGCUACAAGUGAGUUAAAUAGUCUUCCCCUGAGCAUGUGUAUUCCACACAUAACUGGCUGAGUUAUAUUCACUAUAUGACCAUUUAUAAUAAAAGUCUAUUAAGUGUCAGUUAAAAUAAAACAUCAUAAAAUGGGAACUACUUCAGUUAUAAAUUGAAUCUGGUAUUGAGGUGUUUGUUUAAACACUUUUUAGAAAUAUUGCUGGCUUAUUCAUUUAGACUAAUAUAUUUAGUAAUAAAAUCAUAAUAUAUUUCUAAAUUUGACCUUGAGGUGGAAAUGAUGGCAAAACAUAUGGGGAGUUCUUAUUUCACAUCAUAAUAAGGCACAGGUUUCCAUCAGUUUAACUUAAAAGCUUUUUUUUUUUUUUUAAGUUUUCAGAUCAAUACCUUUUUGUAUGGAACUGAAUUACAAACAUUUUGGAUAAAAGUUGAAAACCCCUCAGCAUUUAUUCAGCAAGAUUAUCUCUUAGGUUCCAUGUCCCUCAGUCUGAAACAUUGCACCAGACCUAAAUAAACAAGGGCAGAAAAUGAUGGGGAAUACAUUUCCAUUCACCUUUGAUUUUCCUUCAUGCUUUCACAAAAGAAAUUAACCCUUCUUUUACCUUUGAGUAUUGGUGUUCAUUUCACUGUACUUAGUUUUAUUUUUCUUGUGUUGAGUUUCCUUAAAUUUUGCAUUUGAUAGCAAUUUUUAUUAUUUACUAUCAGAUUUCAGUAUCUGUUGUUGACCUUUUCAGUUUGGUUUUAAAAAAGUAUGUCAUAUCCCACUGCAUUUCUGUCUCAGAAAGAGGUUUUUUAAAAAAGUAAUUCCUUGUUUUGUCUUUCAACUUUGGUGAACUGUCUAUGAACAAAUUCAGUAACUACUAUGAUCUUUAGGCCUUUGGCUCUCAUCUCUAUUGCCUGCGUCUUUCACAGUAGGUGUGUGUGUUUGUGUGUCUGUAUAUGUGUUUAUGUACAAUACUGUAUGUGUGUGUAUAUAUAUAUAUAUAUAUAUAUGCACACAAAUAUGAGUAAAUAACUGUUUUGAAUAGCAGGGUUGAAAUGGCUUUUAAUUGCUUUUGUGGGCAUUAUUGGAUACAUCUUUUACAAAAACUGAACUUUAACCAUGCCAAGGCUGGUUGAUUAUAAUUUAUUUUGAGCAUUAAAAGAUUUCUUAUUCUCUUUAAUAUAAGCAUUAUCACAAUUUCAGAUCAUUACCUAUUUAGCAAAGAUUCACCUAAGCUUCCUAAGAAUGUGAUUUGCUUCUUUAUAUUGGAUUUCUGAAACUGGUUGGAGUCAUAGCCCAGUUUUAAAAUUAAUAACUGUGGAAAGAAUUUUUUUUAAUUCAAUUUUAAAUACAUUCAGCAUUUCAAGGUUUUAAAGCACAUUUAGAAUUAUUUUAGGAAGGAUUUUGUUUUAUCAAUGUAAGUGUUGUUAAAUUCUUUUAAAAAAAUAAAAAUAAAAAAUAAACAGCUUAGAUGCAAAAGGGGGGGAGAAUAGCUGGUGGUCCCAGAGUGUGCUGCUGUUAAUUGUUUAAUUAACAAAGGGAAAUGUAUAUAAACAGAUAUAAAAGUGACCAUAAAUUCCAUGAACUUAAAUCUGUGACUCAUUGCCUUAAAAAUUUCUCUCUUAGAGUUUCCAUACCGCAUGCCAAACCAGUAAAAUGGCUUUUAAAAAUGUAUAGUAGACCAAUGUCAGUUUGUAUAAAAGUACCAAGUGAAAAUAUUUAUUACAUGCAUUGGAAAAAAUUGUUUACCUAUUGAAUGUUACCUGUUUAUGUAGAGAUCUUUAGAUGUAAUAAAAAAAAAAGCAUUCAGUUAA